AUAAAUGCGGCCAUUUCGACCAGCUUGUCGUAGAGCUCCGGGGUUCCGGCAGGGUUGCAGUUCUUCCCCUUGUGACAGGUCCACUUUAGCGGCACAGCAGAAUGAGUGACGCUGCGAUCUCUUUCCUCAAGGACUUUCUGGCUGGCGGCAUCGCUGCUGCCAUUUCCAAGACAGCAGUCGCCCCCAUUGAGAGAGUCAAACUCCUUCUGCAGGUCCAGCAUGCAAGCAAACAGAUCACUGUUGACAAACAGUACAAGGGUAUCAUUGACUGUGUGGUGCGUAUACCCAAGGAACAGGGCUUCCUGUCUUUCUGGAGAGGAAACCUGGCCAAUGUCAUCAGGUACUUCCCAACCCAGGCCCUCAACUUUGCCUUCAAGGACAAGUACAAGAAGGUCUUCCUGGACGGGGUGGACAAGCACACCCAGUUCUGGAGAUAUUUCGCUGGGAACUUGGCCUCCGGUGGGGCGGCUGGUGCCACCUCCCUAUGUUUCGUCUACCCUCUUGACUUUGCCAGAACCCGCUUGGCUGCUGAUGUAGGCAAAGCUGGUCCAGAGCGGGAGUUCACUGGUCUGGGCAACUGCAUAGUCAAAAUCUUCAGGUCUGAUGGCCUUAAGGGUCUGUACCAGGGCUUCAAUGUCUCAGUGCAGGGCAUCAUCAUCUACCGAGCUGCUUACUUUGGCGUCUAUGAUACCGCAAAAGGUAUGUUGCCAGAUCCCAAGAACACCCACAUUGUAGUCAGCUGGAUGAUUGCUCAGACUGUAACUGCUGUGGCCGGCUUGGUGUCCUACCCCUUUGACACCGUCCGUCGUCGUAUGAUGAUGCAGUCUGGACGUAAAGGAGCUGACAUCAUGUACAUUGGUACAAUUGACUGCUGGAGGAAGAUCUCCCGAGAUGAGGGUGCCAAAGCCUUCUUCAAGGGCGCCUGGUCGAAUGUUCUCAGGGGUAUGGGAGGGGCCUUUGUGCUGGUGCUUUACGAUGAGCUGAAGAAAGUCAUCUAAAUGUGUUGUAUGCAGCCAAGAGUGCUGAAAUGGUAAAUGUAACAUAUCUUGUACAUUUGGAAGAACCGUCAUUCUGCCUUGUUUAUAGGGACCAACUAGUAUUUGACUACUAGUUGAAAUGGGGGUAUAGAUUAUGUGAUUUCUGUUCCCACCUCACCCUUCUAACCAAUGUCAUUCCCGCAAAGAAACCUGACCGGACAGAGCUCUACCCAUCAUCUAGCCGGUGUUUUUAACCAUUGCUUUAAUAAAUACAACCUGAAAUACACAAA